GCUGCAUACAAAACAAAACAAACUUGUUCUUUUGAUUCGGAAUUUCGGAUAAUUGUGAAAACACAGGUCAUUAUAUUUCAUUUGUUAUUUUUAUAUAGACGCGUAUUUAUUAAGCCUGUUUUACAUUCAGCCUUUCAGACAUGUCUUGCAACUACGCUGAGGGCCUUUCGCCGUACGAACAUAAGGGUAUCUUAGGUGUCCCCGAAAAAUUCGAUUCAAUAGAUAAGUUUAACAAAAAAUGUGAACUUUUGGCGCAAUUGAUAAUCCAAAGCAAACAUGUAGUGGUACAUACUGGAGCUGGGAUUAGCACCUCAGCUGGUAUACCAGAUUUCAGAGGCCCAAAUGGAGUGUGGACCUUAGAAAAACAAGGCAAGAAACCCGCAACCAACAUCUCAUUUGUUGAUGCUAAGCCUACCAAAACCCACAUGAUACUUAAGAAGCUUGUUGAAUGUGGUAAAGUCCAUUACAUAGUCAGUCAGAAUAUUGAUGGCCUUCAUUUAAAGUCUGGGUUAAGUAGAAAGUAUUUAGCUGAGCUUCAUGGGAACAUGUUUAUUGAUGAAUGCAAUUUAUGUAAAAGGCAAUUUGUCCGUAAUUGUCCAGUAGAGACAGUGGGCAAGAAGUGCAGUGGAGUGCCCUGUGCAUCAGAGCAUAUAGGAGGCAGGCCAUGCAGAGGUCGAUUAUAUGAUGGAGUCCUGGACUGGGAACAUAGUCUUCCUGAGAAUGAUUUGCUCAUGGCAGAGUGGCACUCUAGUAUUGCUGAUCUAAGUAUAUGUCUAGGCACAACAUUGCAAAUAAUUCCAAGUGGGAAUAUUCCUUUAGAAACUGCUAAAUAUGGAGGAACAUUAGUGAUUUGCAAUCUACAACCUACAAAACAUGACAACAAAGCUGACUUAGUGAUAAACUACUAUGUGGAUGAUGUGUUAGAAAGAAUAAUGAGCUUUUUAAACAUUGACACUCCACCUUAUAACGACGUUGAUGACCCCACUAAACUGGCAGAACACACAAUAAUCGAUUGGACAAUACAUAGACAUGAUGUAUUAGCUUUAGAAAAAAUUUUUAAAUCUAAAUGUAAGGGACUUAAGAAGAAGCGGAGUUUGAUUAAAAACAAGAGAAAUAAUGUCGAAAUUAAGAAUCAAGUAGAUGAUAAAUCGAAAAUCAUUAAACUUGAAUUAAAGGAAGAAGUUGUUCAUAGUGCAACAGAAGAUAUGCCAAUAAAUAGAAAUGAUAAUUCCAAAAAUUGCCUAGCAAAUGCUACCAAUAAUAAUGCAAAUGGCGAAAAGAGCACAAAUAAUACUAACUUAAUUAUUGUAAAUAGUAUAGCAGACUACCCAGAAAUAAUUACUGCAAAUGAAGAUAUAACAAACCCUGACAGUAAUGAUGCAAACACUGCAAAUAAUGAAAAUAACUUUAUCAUUAAAUCCGAAGUUAAAGUAGAGUCAGCAAUCAAGAAAUAAAUACAACAGAACAAAUGAGUACCAAUGACAUUAUAAAUGUAAAUUAAGGAAUCAAGCAAAUAAGUAUAAUUGCAAUUACUAACCUCUUUUUUAUGUGUAAUGAUCUCAAUGAAAUAACA